AGGAAAGAACAAGUCUCGCGUAACUUUUGAGUUAAUGGAUGCACGCUAUCAGUUUUCAAUCAUUGAAUGUAUUACAAAAACAAUCGUUCACGUAUCUAUCUUCUUCAUCUUUUUGUCGCCGAUACAAAAAAUAUCCAAUGUACAGAUUCGAAUUUAAGCAGCCGGCUGUUACUUUGGACGCCACUUUCCUCCGACGGCCGAAACGUCCGAAGUAACAAAGUAGUCAAAACAACUCGCAGUCGUACUUCGGUCGUUUUGGAAUUUGUUUCUUACAGGUGUUGUUAUCGAUUUCAGUGCAAUUCAACGAGUGAUAACAAUAAUAAUCAGUCUUUAGAACGAAAUGCUGAUAUUUGGAUUGUUGUUUAUUAGUUAGUUUCAAAUUUUUAUAGUGCAACGUAAUAUGUCCAAUGUGCAAACGCGGGCAGUCAAAACGUCCAAUGUAACAUUUUUCGCUCCGAGGCUUCAACCUUAAUCUCAAAUCACGGAACAAUAGUUACGAUUGGUUUUAUGAAGUUAUUCUUGACAGCUAGUGGUGAAAACAGUGAUAAAGAUUGAUAGCUUUUAAGACAAUUCGCGAAAUAAUGUUCGGGUCUUCAACUACGUUUUUCUCGAGUUGGCGAAAAUGUUACAUUGGACCUUUUCAAAAGUUACGCGAGAAGUGUUCUUUAUUUAAUUAAAUAUACGGAAUCGUUCUUAUAUCAUCACUAUAUGCCGCACGAAAGCUGCUCAGUCGCAGCAGCAAGGCAAUCACUGACAGCUGCGCAUCGAAAUUGUCUGGAAGUGAGAAGUUGAUCGCUGAGCAAUCAAACCAAAUUAUUGAUCAUGUCCCCGCCAAGCUCCAAAAGCAACUCCGAUCAGUUAGACCAGAUAAUGAGUAUCGACGUUCUUGAGAUCGAACAGUGUUUGUUUUCUGUCCCGGAAGAAUUUUUUCUACGUGAACCAUCCGACCAUGAAGAUGAAUGCGUAUCGACAGCCACCAGUGAGUCUCUCACCAUUCCAAGUGUACCCUCGUUCACAAAGUGGGAGAUGCUUUUCGAUCAAAACUUAGCGUCCGAAAUUAUCGAGAAACUUUGUUUCAACGAAAUGCUCUUGAUAUCUACACACAAAAAUGAAAUUGUCGGUGGAUUGGUGUUCCAUAUUGAGCUCGUAGCUGAUGAAGUGAUCGCCGUUUUCUGCGAUUCGCAAUUUUCCAUAGGCGAUGGAAAAACCGCCCAAUGCGAACUCCUUGCGUUAACCGAUAAACAGUUCAACCUAUUCCAAGAACGAAAGCGCGAAACUGUAACGGAUGAUGAGAUUAUACAAGAGAAAUUGCUGCAACUUUAUGUAAGUGAAGAUUCUCAAAUCUCAGCAUAUCGCCAAGAAACGGAUGCAGAAAAAACAGAAUGUUUCCAAGGUGUGCUUGCAGCAGAAGAUGAUGGCCUCUUGGUUCCGGAUGGACUCAACAUUCUGCUCAUGCGUUACGUUGCGCUAAUCAAUUUCAUCGGAGACAUUCACACGAAGACUAUCGAUAUUAAGGGACGCAUCGGACAUUCCAUCUAUCAAAUUACGGAUUUCAUUCCAACAGAAGUCAACGGAGAAAUACAUGUAACAAAACAAAUUAUUCGAACAAUCUACUAUCUGGACAUGGACGAACCGGAAGUAAGUGUAAGCUACUAUCUACCAACUGGGCACUUGCUGCAGCACACUUGGAACAAUUCCAACUACUCGAUUGUGUUAAAUCCACGAGCAAGCUUUUCUACAAUACCAGUUAGCAUGACGGAUCUUUGCAACAGACUGCAAAAUUAUCUCGAAGAACUUGCAAGGCUUUUGGAAGGCUCGACCGAAAGUUCUACCAUUUCCUGCAGUUCUAGUGACGUAAUUCGCGCCAUACUCUCCAGCAUACUGAACUCUGCAACGAUGAAUGCGGUGAGCAACAGAAACUCCUUGGAGUGUGGUAGCUCUUCGGAGAAUGUAAGAGAUGUUCUUGUUGAACUAAUAAAUCAGUUGUCGCUCUCGUGAUGAGAGAAUUAUUAUA